GCUCGUGUUUGCAACUUCCGGUUUCCGCUCAAAGAAACAAUGUCGAAAGAGUUAGAGGUAAAGGAGAAGAAGAAGAAGCGGCUCUUGAAGCCGGAGAUUACAACCAGCAGCCCAGACAUGAAGAAGACAAAGUCGAUCGACAGUCUGUCUUCUAAGGAGUCGGUACUUUUUCACAUGGAGGAGGAGGAGGUCGACCGCAACAACCCACACGAUGACCUCGAUGUCUUCAAGACUUCUUGUAAUAUCAUGAGACAAUCAGUCUCGGACAUAAACAAACUGAAGCAGAACAAAGAAGCUAAUGCAGAAGCGAUAGAGGAGAAGAGGAUCAAUGCCAGUCUGCAGUUUGUUGUGCUGAAGAAACUUAACCGCCUCGCUCACUUCCGCUGCCGCAAGGUCCGAGAGGGGACCAGUGAGGCCAAGCAGAGGAUUGAUCAGUACCACCUGCAGCUGCAGAACUUGCUAUACGAAGCCAUGCACCUCCAGAAGGAGAUCACCAAGUGCCUGGAGUUCAAGUCAAAGGAUGAAGAGAUUGAGCUGGUGUCAGUGGGAGAUUUCUACAAGGAGGCACCUCCGGAAAUCUCCAAGCCUGAGCUGACAAAGAAGGACAAACACCAGCGGACCCUGGCUAGACUCGACUGGGAGCUGGAACAGAGGAAACAACUGGCGGCCAAGUUGAAGGAGGCCCAGACACAGAAGGAGGACAUCACCCAGGAGAUCAAGACCAAGCAGGACCACCUGGAGAGUCUUCAACCCAAGCUUCAGUCCAUCCUUCAGGCCACGAAGCCAGUGCAGGGCUACCUGGGUAUGCAGUACGAUGAGGUGUGUGAGCAACACGAGACAGCAUAUCACCUCCCCCGACCGCUGUAUGUCCUGUACAUGCAGGCCAGUGCCUACAAGGAGGCUUGUGACACUCAGCUGAAAGUGACCAUAGAAGGAGAUAUUGAUGCUGCAAGAUCCCUUGUUACCACGGCAACACCAGACCUAGAUGAGGAUAGUGACAGUGACCAAGAGGAGCAGGAGACAUCUAAAUCGAAGCGGAGGAGGAAGACGGUGGAAGCGAGGCAGACGGACAAGAAGGCCAAAGUCCUCCGCAAACACCCACUGUCUGUUAUACUAGACGUCACAACUAGAGAUGGCAGCAGUCUCCACCUGACCUUCCACUACCUCCUGGUCCUCCAGAUCAUCACUGUCAAUGUCAAGGUCAACUGUGGUCCGGACACCAUCACAAACUCCAUCUCAGGAGGGGAUCUGCUGUCUCUGGACUCGAUCUUAAAUGAACUCUACCCUGGUGACCAUGGCAACACCACACCCAACCAGGCCAACCAGUACGAACUGGUGAAACAAGGGAUGCAUGAGUUCAGUGAAUACCUGUGUGAGGUGGGGCGGCCGUACAUGUGGGCACAGUGGCUAGGGGGACUGCAGUUCCUCGGAGACAACGGCUUGGAGAAGGCCAAGAGUUCUGUAAGUGCCAGCUACAUGCAGCAGACCAUCAAGAAACUCCGACGGCGGAUCAAGUCACGUUUGUCACUGCUACAACAGCUAGCAUCACUUGAGCGGAACUCUAUCCCGGUCAGCAGUGAUGUCUUGAAGAACUUUCCUGCCAAGAUUCUGUCCCAUCUGAUGUCAUGGCAACGGUCCACUUAUGACGACUUUACCUCCCUGCCUUACACGAAGUCGGCCAUUUCUUCUGACAUGGCUCGUGAGACUGACAUGUUCUUCACCCUGACCAUGGAGCGCGGAUCAGCCAAAUUGACAUCGCAGGUGAUCAUCACGCCUGACUACCCCGCUGUGGCACCCAUGUUUGUUGUCAACAUCACCUGGCAGACUGACCGCAAUGCUGGCAACGACAUUCAUGUCAAGGAGCUAGAAGAGGAGGUCAACAUCCACUACGAGGAGUUGGUGGGGAGGAAGUCUCAAGGUCAGCUGUUGUCCAAUCAGCUGCAGCGUCUCCUCAUGUGUUUUGACGUCUACCUGGAGACAGAGUCACAUGAUGUGUCCUCACCUGUGGAGAUCCCCAAGGAGAAGGUGUUCCCCCGGACUGCCAGAGGUCCCAACAGGAAGAAGCCCUAUCGCUACAUGCCGGAUCUCAGCAUUUUCAUACAACGGUAGCUUUCCAGCCAACAUGAAACAGCCAAUCACAGUGCAGUUUGAACAAGAAACAGCCAGUCACAGUACAGUUUAAACCGGAAAGAGCCAGUCAGUGCAGUAAGAAACAGCCAGGAUACAGAAACAGCUAAUACAGAUCAACUGUGUCACAGACAAUUUCAGGGGCGGUGCGGUGGCCUAGUGGUUAUAGCGUUGAUCAUCAUGCCAAAGGCCCAGGUUCAAUUCCCCACAUGGGUACAAUGUGUGAAGCCCAUUUCUGGUGUCCCCCACUGUGACGUUGCUGGAAUACUGCUAAAAGCGGUGUAAAACUAUAUUCACUCACUCACUCACAGACAAUUUCAGAUGGUUGAGACCACCAGCAACCAACAACCAUUAUAAUACUGCAACUCUCAGAUAUAUUGUUUUUUUUCUGGUUAAUAUUCAAAAAGACUACUGUUACAGGAGAAGCUUGUGAUGAAUCUUAUACAGAUUAUUUUGAAACCAUGGCAACAGGCCGUUGAUGUAAAUGAUGUCUGGAAAAUAAAACUUUACCAAAAGAGAA